AUGGGUCAAUGUCAUGUUUUUUCAUAUCCAUCUGAAAUGCUAUAUUAUCAAAAGAUAACAAAUAAUUUUUCAGGUGGAUUAUAUCAAUAUGUUCGUUUUAUAUCAUUAUAUGAUGAAUAUCCUUUUGAACAUGAAUUUUUUAUUAAAAUUUUUCAAUCAUUUCUAUUUAUAGAAAAAUUAUCUUUAAUUAAUCAUCAAUCACAAAAAUAUAAACAAUCUUAUAAAUCAAUAAAUCAUAAUUUAUCAAUUGUUAAAUAUAAUUAUCUUAUUACACUUGAUAUUGAAAAUGUUCAUGAUGAUUAUAUAGAAGAAUUUUUAUUUAAUAUAAAAACAUAUUUUCAUAAUAAUAUUCUUGUUUAUAUCAAUUAUAAAUCAUUAGAAAGAGUAACACAUAAUUUUACAAGAGAUGCUACACAAAUUAAUUGUAGUAAAAUAACUGAAAUUUAUUUAUUUGAAGAAAAAAAUUAUUCCAAUUCUUUAUGCGAUUAUUUUUCUAUUGCAAUAAUACAUUAA